AUGCCGCCGCUGCACGUCGUUGUUGCCGCUAUUCAUCACCGAGACAUGCUUGAUGGCUUAAAUAAUGCCGCCAAGCAUGUCACUGCCGCCGCUUGUGGUCGCUGCUAUCUCCUGCUGUGUUUGCCACUAAUGCCAUUGCCGCCCGCCAAGCUCUCCGCUCCCUUUCUCCUCCGCCUUGGAUCCUCUCGAGCGGUUGUAGGCAUGCCGAGCACUACCGCCCUCCGAGGAAGAAGAAGGAGGGGAAACGCGGCCGUGCACAUCACCGUGACCAAGGUCGCUCAUUACCUCCAGACUAGUCUCUCCAGCUUCUUGAAGCUAUGUAUUCUCAAGGGGAUAUUCCCUUGGGAACUCAAGAAGAAGGUCGAGGGAAACCACAAGACCUAUUAUCAUAUGAAAGAUAUCGCCUUCCUGGCUCAUGACCCCCUGAUUGAAAAGUUCUGGGAUAUAAGAGCCCAUAAGAGAAAGAUCAAGAAAGCUUUGGCUAAGAAGAACAUAGAUCAAGCAAAUCGGUUGCUGAGCCAACAUCCAAAAUACAAGCUUGAUAGACUUAUCUUAGAGAGAUAUCCUACUUUUAUGGAUGCUCUUCGUGACUUAGAUGACUUCUUGACUAUGGUGCAUCUUUUCGCGGUACCGCCUGCUGUUGAAGGCGAGAGGAUUCAAGUGGAGCGUAUCCAUAGCUGCAGAAGGUUAAGUCAUCAAUGGCAAGCCUUCAUUUCCCGAACCCAUAAGUGGAGGAAGACUUUCAUAUCAGUUAAAGGCAUAUAUCAUCAGGCUGAGGAUGCUCAGAAUAGGUCUAAAAUUUCCAUGUCACGGAAGAAGAGGAAGAUUUAUGAAGCCAUGCAGAUUAGCAAAGAAUGGAAGAAGGCGAAUGUUGAUCUUCUCAAAGAAAGAAAGAAGAAAGCAGAAGAGCAAGGGAGAACCAGAUGA